AUGGAUGGUCUGGAGGCUGCAGAGCUCUGCUACCCUCAGCUCCUCAACUCCUCCUGCAGGGGAUUUCCUCGUCCUCGCACGGAGGCCCUCCUCCUCUACGCGCUGCUCUCCUCCAUCACCGUGCUCACGAUAGCCCUCAACCUGCUGGUCAUCAUCUCCAUCUCUCACUUCCGCCAGCUCCACACCCCCACCAACCUGCUCCUGCUCUCCCUGGCUGUCUCAGACCUCCUCGUGGGGCUGCUGGUGAUGCCGGUGGAGAUGGUGAGAUUCAUAGAAAGCUGCUGGCUGCUGGGCGAGGUCAUGUGCGCCCUGUCCUACAUCAUCGGCUUCACUCUCACCUCGGCCUCUGUGGGGAACAUGGUGCUCAUCUCCAUCGACCGUUACGUGGCCAUUUGUCACCCUCUGCACUACAACAACAAAAUCACUCGCAGCAGAAUCGAGGUGUGUGUGUGUCUGUGCUGGGCCUGCUCGCUCCUCUACAGCGGGCUGAUCCUGAAGGACCACCUCAGGCAGCCAGACAGAUACAGCUCCUGCUACGGGGAGUGUGUGGUGGUGAUCAACUUUGUCUCCGGUGCGGUCGACCUGGUGUUCACUUUCAUUGGCCCGUGCUCGAGCAUCAUCGUACUGUACAUGAGAGUGUUUGUUGUGGCGGUGUCUCAGGCUCGUGCCUUGCGGUCUCAUAUUACAGCUGUUGCAGGCGCUUCAGUGCCGGUCAGGGCAAAGAGGUCAGAGAGGAAAGCAGCCAGGACUCUGGGUGUGGUCAUACUGGUGUUUUUGAUGACCUUCUGUCCGUACUAUUACCCGUCUCUUGUGGGAGAGGACACCUCAAACAGUGCGUUAGCUUGGCCCAUCGUGUCCUGGCUCCUGUAUUUUAAUUCCUGUUUGAAUCCACUCAUUUAUGCCUUUUUCUAUCCCUGGUUUAGAAAAUCAAUCAAGAUAAUUGUCACCCUAAAGAUAUUGAAACAGCAAUCCUCUCAGAUAAGUGUACUCUAA